AACCAUUUCCAACUUGACAAAAGCUGUCACAGAACUAGAGUAGUAGUAUAUAUCCUAAAUCUCUCUGAGCUACUUUUCUUUUUUCCCAACUUAGGAGGAGAAACACAAAUUGAGAUUUUCUUCUGUCAUAUGUUUAAAAAAAUCUAAAUAUCUUUUUUGAGCUGAUUGAACAAAGAGAGAAUGUCAUUAGUAGGUGAAUUGCACUCAGUUUAUUCAAUCUGCAGUUUUGCUGCUGGGAUUGCAGGGAACCUCUUCGCGUUCGUCUUAUUCGUGUCACCAAUACCAACAUUCAGAAGAAUCAUCAGAAGCAAGUCUACAGAACAGUUUUCUGGAUUACCUUAUAUCUAUGCGCUCAUUAAUUGCUUAAUAUGCCUCUGGUAUGGGACACCAAUUGUAUCUCCUGGUAUUAUAUUGGUUUUCACUGUCAACUCAGUUGGAGCAGUGUUCCAGCUAGUAUAUAUCACCAUCUUCAUCAUUCAUGCUGAGCGGUCAAAGAAGUUGAAAAUGUUGGGGUUGUUGCUUGGCGUUUUUGCUGUAUUUGCUGCUAUAGUGGCCAUCAGCAUAUAUCUGUUUGAGCCUCCUAGUCGACAAGCUUUCGUUGGAUAUUUAUCCGUCAUUUCUCUGAUUUCCAUGUUUGCUUCUCCACUAUUCAUUAUUAAUUUGGUGAUCAAGACAAAGAGCGUGGAGUACAUGCCGUUUUAUCUAUCGCUUGCAACUUUUCUCAUGAGCCUUUCUUUCUUUGCCUAUGGAAUGUUCAAGAAUGAUCCAUUCAUCUCUGUACCAAAUGGGAUAGGAGCAAUUCUUGGUGUCAUACAACUGGUCCUAUACUUCAGAUAUAGCAAAUCAGAAGAGGAGCCAAGAGCACCUCUCUUGGAUUCUUAUGCAUGAGAUGCAAGAUUAUGGCUGGAGCCUGGAGUUAAGAUUCAUUCAUUAAGAAGUGACUCAAAACUUUAUCUUUUCUCUUUUUUCUGAUUCUUUUUUCUUGUGCGGGAAUUUGGGAAGUUGAGAAGUCUUUUUGCUUCUUUUUCUGUUAAUUUAAUUUUUUGAGGAAAGAGCUUGAAAGAUGUACUAUAGGUGGUGAAGAAUAUAUGAUUUCAAAUUGUGGAAAGUAUAGUUACUUGUCCAGUGUUCUGUGCUCAAAAUUUCAUUGAGUGUCUAUUGUUUAAUGAAAGGUUCAAGUGCUGAGUUAACAAGUUUUCGUUUA